GCGCCUCUCGCCAGCCCGAGUGGAAACGGCCAUUAUUGCGUCAGACUCGAAGUGAAAAAGUUGCGUUGGAGACAAAGAAAGAGGACAUUCCCUUAAAUUUCUCGGGAAAAAAUUCCAGUUAAAAUCGCAUUGAGUGAAUAAAAAGUGAGGGUGUACACUGCGGAAGCAUCCGGGUACUAGGCCAGCCCUCAGAAUGUCUGCCCCUGUACAGUGUUCCGUGGCCCCUGUCAUUGUUGUCACUGACAGCAGCAGAGAGAUGGUAAUUCCCUCUGCUAGACAUGGUGGUGCUGUCAAUGGUGAUGAGGAGAUGAUGUCAACGACACCACCCCAAUCUCCACCACCAACAGCACCAUCAGCAAUGAUGACAAUGGCGCCCGAGACAGUGUCAGAGGACACAAUGAUGAUGGCGGCACCGAAGCGUGGAACCCAGAGGAUUUCAUCGUCAACGGGGGGCCGGCUUGGGACUCCGGAUGCUGCUGUUAAGCGUCGUCAGCAUCAACAACAAUCGUCGUCGUCAAUGCCGCAGAGAAUGAUGACAUCAUCAUCACCACCACCGCAUCAAGGGAUCAACAACAAUUCAUCAUCGUCAUCAGUAUCAACACCAUCAACUUCGGGAACAUCAAUGGGGAACAUCAAUAUGGAUGGGGCAACGGCAAUGGACUAUUCUGGCGACAACAAUAAUGGCUCAAUGGGAGCAUUUGGGGGGGAAAAUGGAAAUUUGUGCUAUCAGUAUAUGGAAAAUAAUGUGAUCAACUACCAUCUGCAGAGUAGCACUCUGGGCAAUCUGAACAAUGAUCAGCUCUAUCCCAAACUCGAGGAAGCGCUCGCUCUUGAAGAGAAAUUCCACGCGAAUCUCUACCUUCCACCGGAUCCUGAGGACAAUGAAAUCACUGUUGGUGCUAGAGAUGGAGCAGCUCAUGUGCUGCGAUGUCUCAAAAUGUGGUACGAUCUGCCGCCCGAUGUUCUGUUUGCAGCCAUCAAUUUGGUAGAUCGUUUCCUGGCCCGAAUGAGGGCUAGACCGAAGCAUAUGGCGUGUAUCAGUGUUGGAUCUCUCUAUCUCUGUGUGACCCAACUCAAUAUGGCCAAGAUCGAUGCAUCGGAUCUGGUGGCUAUAUCCCAGUGCCGAUGCACACCGGGUGAUCUUGAACGAAUGGCAGCCAUCAUAUCCAACAAAUUGGGCGUUCAACCGUCCACAAUUCCCGUGACGGCACUCACUUUUGUCCGCAUCUACUAUCACAUGUUCCGCAAUGCUGCUUUUCAGCUGGGUCUGGGCGAUUUCUACGAUAAGGCCAUUUCACUGGCUGAUCUGGAAUUGCGCCUGGAGAUUCUCAUCUGCGAUGCAUUGUGUGUCAGUGUGAGGGCGUCUGAAUUGGCCCUGGUGCUGGUUUGUACACAAAUGGAUGCCCAUGUGAACAACUACGUGAGUUCUGCCAAUCCAAUGAUAUCUGGCCUCGUGGAUUUUGCCAUUGAGCUCCAGAAGAUGGCCAAAAUUCCCGAUCCGAGCUUCUUCCGCAGCCACAGCCUUGUUGUUCGCACUCUGACGCAGUACAAUGCCCAGAAGAAGAUGCCAUAUCGUCAGCGUCUCGUGUGGAAAUUGUCAUCACGCACAAUGCGCAUCUUGAGACCCACACAUAAGCUAAAUUCACACCUGCCGACAAUUGAUGAGCACAAAACUAUCAACAACAGCCGAAGCCUUCCUCGUCAUCGAAGUUGCAGCUUCAGUUCAGAUGAUGAUGGAGAAUGGCCAACAUUGGUUUAUAAUUAGUGAUCUUAUCUUAAGUUCUUCACACAUCCUUUUUAAGUUAAAACUAAAAUGAAACUCCAAAAAAAAAUGAACAAAAGUGUUUAAAAAAAAAGUGUGCGUGUUGUGUUUCCAAAAAAAAAAAAGAAAAAGAAAAUGCAUUACUCCUAAAAAAAAUGUGUGAUGGGCAAAGAAGGGUUCGAGCUUGAACAGUGAGUGAUUUUUAUUAAAAAAAAAGGUAAAGUAAAGGUAAAAAAGAAGGAGUAAGACAAACACAAUAAAUGAGGAGAGAAAAUGAAAAAAGAAAAAAAGUUAAAAAAGUACAAAAUAUCUUUUUAAAAAAAUAUCACAAUUUAGUUCUUAGGGCUUUACUAUUCUUUUUCUUGUGCGAUCAUUGAAAAACAAAAAAAAAACUAAAAUAAGAACUCGUGAGCAAAGAAAAAAAAGCAUUUCGAAAAUUCUUUCAUGUGAGACCACGACGAUGAUAAUAUUAAAAGAAAAAUAAAAAAAACUUCAAAGAAGAAAGAAUUGCAAUGACAGAAAGAAAAACAAAGAAAAAUAAAAUAUUUUAUGUGCGUGUGUGUUAAAUGACAAGAAAAAGAAAGUAAUUAAAAGAGAGAGAAAAAAAUCAUACAAAAAAAAAUGUGAAAAGAUAAACUCAUCUGCAAAAAAAAAUCUAAUUACAAUUAAUCUUAGAAUCGUGAUGUGCACAUUUAACUUCAUAUAUAAUUAUUUUUUUCGAGAAAAAAAAAUCCAUUAUUUUUCUUCAUAUUUACAUCUCUUUAAAUGUAAUUUAAGGAUACAAGUGUAAGAUUUUUUAAAUGUAAAACUGUAGAUGUCGUACUAGGGGAGCUCAUCAAAAACAAAAGGACACUAAAUUAAUAUUAAACAAAAAACUAAUGAGCGAAUCGGAUAGAAGAGAAUAAUAAAAAAAAUGAAAACUGACAAGUGUUACGAAAAAUAAAUUCUAAGAACUUUGAUUUAUUUGUCACAAUAUAUUGACACUAAAAAAAAAGCUGAAAAUUCUCGAGCUACAAAAAGUUUUUUUUUUAUUAUCCCAUACGAAAAAAAAAGAAGUAAAAAGAUCUGUUUUUGUAAGAUUAAAAAAGCAAGUUUCACCUUAAAAACUUUACUGAAAUAUCCAAUUGGAAAGACAGCUUCAGUUCACAAAAAAUUAAAUUAAAAGAAAUUCUUUGUGAGAUUAAUCGUUGUCACUGUGAGAAAAAAGUGCGACAAUCUCAUUGUCUAUAAAAUUAUGUAUAUUAAAAAGAUAAAAGAAAAAUCUUCAAGAUUGAGAAAGUUGCAAUUUUUUUUAAACGUAAAAAACUUGAGAUAAAAUACAGAAAAUUAGUGACGCA